AUGGAAAGAUCGCUAAACCCUUUAACAUGGACAGAAAUACUGCGUCAAGUACUGGCUGCCGCUGGUUUUGGUUCAAAGCAAGGUGCAAGGCGAAGGGAUGCCCUUAGCAAGGAAAUGAGCCUUAUGGUGAAGUAUGGUUUACGUCCUGGUACUUUGAAGGGUGAAUUGUUUAGAGUUCUGCUAGAGCAAGGAAUUCAUGGGUUUAAAGUUUCUGAGUUGGCGAAGUCAUUGCAGAUUUCUGAAUUGAACCUUUCCAGCGGAAUAGAGGUACUAGAGUCUUUAAUUGGUUCAACUCUUUCAAGUGAUAUUACAUUUGAAAAGAUUUCAUCGUCCACAUAUCGUGUGCGUAUUAAUUCUUCUGAAAAGAAAGUGGAGGAAUCCCGAUCAGAUACCAAAGACUCUGGAGCUGUUGAUGAUGACCUCAGUGAUGAUGAUUCUGGGUGCAAUUCAGGAAAUUCCAAAUUAAAAAGCUGA